GGCAUGUGACAGCUCAGGAUUGGCCAUUGAGUUUCCCCUUUGCAAGAGUGUACAAAUAGAUAAGCCAGCUAAGCCAAAAUAUUUCAUAUCCCCACUCUUCUAUUAUAUGGUCCAUUUAUAUAUAGUAUGUCCAAUCAAUCAAGGUGACAGUUACCGUCCUCCAACUACUAAAAAUCUUCUCUAAAAAGAUCAGUACUAGUAUUUCAUUAUUCAAGAAAUUCUGUGUUUUCUUGAUUCUGUUUGUAGCCAUGGCAGAAUUGGAAGCUAAGAAAGUUGAAACUGAGCAAGUAGCAGACCCUACACCCGCUGCCCCUGCCCCUGCCCCUGCCCCUGCUGCACCAGAACCAGAACCUGCUGAACCUUCUAAAGAAGUAGUGGCUGAUGAGAAAGCUAUUGUUGCACCAGCUUUGCCUCCUCCUGAAGAAGACAGAGAAAAAGAAAAGGAAAAAACAGAUGACUCCAAAGCACUAGUUGUCGUCGAAGACAAAGCACCAGAACCUGCUGAUGAGAAGAAAGAGGGAUCUAUUGACAGAGAUGCUGUGCUUGCGCGAGUUGCAACAGAGAAGAGACUAUCACUCAUCAAAGCCUGGGAGGAGAGUGAGAAAUCAAAAGCGGAAAACAAGGCUCAGAAGAAGGUAUCUGCAAUAGCUGCAUGGGAGAACAGCAAGAAAGCAAAUCUGGAGGCGGAGUUAAAAAAGAUGGAGGAACAGUUGGAGACAAAGAAGGCACAAUAUACUGAGAAAAUGAAAAACAAAAUUGCUCUACUCCACAAGGAAGCAGAAGAAAAGAGAGCGGUGAUUGAAGCUAAACGUGGAGAAGAUCUUCUCAAGGCAGAGGAGCUGGCAGCAAAAUACCGUGCCACUGGAACUGCUCCAAAGAAAAUCCUUGGAUUGUUUUGAAGCAGCAAACACCAGGCAUUGCAUUGAUAGUGAUUGGGAGUUGCUUUUUGUAAAGUUUGUGCAAUUGGAAUUUUUUGUCUUGUUAGAUUACAUUGUGUGAUUAUGUAUUUUAUUUAGAACCAUUUAUUGUUUAUUGUUACGUGUGCAUAGUGAUGUAUUUCCAGUGUAUAUAGCACCUGGACAAAAUUAACUUCGUGGGAUUUUAUGAAAAAUAGUGUUGAAUGUA